GCCCAUGAAAGCAGCAGGCGUUGGAAAGCUAUUCACUGCAGGAAGUCCUGGCUUCCGGUGAGAAGCAAGAAGUAGGAGGCACAGGAUGCGCCUUGGGUCAGGGGGACGCUGGCGGCGGCAGUCUCCGUGUCAGAGCUGCUGGGGCUCCAUACUCGGCGCCCCUGGGAGUACAGCCGGGAGCCAGGGUCCAAGCUGCUGUCGUCGCUGUCGCUGUGGUCACUGUGGGGCUCCUGGCCUCCUGCGUCGGGGACUCGGAGGUGGAAUGGCUAGCUGCUGGGACCUGCUCCUGCUGCUGCUCCUGGUCCAGCCCUGGGUGGGGGCUGCGGCCUCCACUGCAGAGGCCACGACUGAGGCUGUGGUGUGUGCCGGGACUGCCUGCUACACGGCCCACUGGGGCAGGCUGAGUCCAGCUGACGCCCAGGGCUUUUGCAGGCAGAACGGGGGCAAUCUGGCCACGGUGAAGAGCGAGGAGGAGGCCCGGCUCACUCAGCGCGCCCUGGCCCAGCUCCUGCGGUCAAGGGCGCCCCUGGCAGCGAGGAUGGGCAAGUUCUGGGUGGGGCUCCAGCGUGAGAAGGGCAAGUGCCUGGACCCUGAGCUGCCACUCAAGGGCUUCAGUUGGGUGGGUGGCGGGGAGGAUACAGAGUACACAAACUGGCAGAAAGAUCUCAAGAGCUCCUGCCUCUCCCAGCGCUGUGUGGCCCUGACGCUGGACCUUUCCGAGAUCCCCCAGCCAGACCGCCUCCCCAAGUGGUCUGAUGGCCCAUGUGGAUCUUCCAGCAACCCGGGAAGCAACACAGAAGGCUUCGUGUGCAAGUUCAGCUUCAAAGGCAUGUGCCGGCCACUGGCCCUGGGGGGACCUGGCCAGGUGAACUACAGCACCCCCUUCAGGGCCACCACCUCCUCACUGGACGCUGUGCCAUUUGGUUCUUUGGCCAAUGUGGCCUGUGAAGUAGGGGCUGAGCUGCAGAGCUAUGAACUGCUGUGCAGGGAGAAGGCGACCCAGGUGUUCGACUGGGGCAUCACCGGGCCCGUCUGCGUCAACCCUGAGCUUGGCUGUAGCUUCAACAAUGGGGGCUGUGAGCAGGACUGCUUCGAGGGAGGCGCUGGCUCCUUCCGCUGUGGCUGUAGGCCUGGCUUCCGGCUGCGGGAUGACCUGGUGUCCUGCGCCUCUAGAAACCCAUGCAGCUCUAACCCCUGCAAGGGGGAGGCCACCUGCAUCCUCGGGUCCCAGGGAGACAGCUACACAUGCCACUGUUCCCCUGGCUACCAGCUGGAUGCAAGCCAGCUGAAAUGUGUGGACGUGGACGAGUGCCAGGAUGCACCUUGUGCCCAGGACUGUGUCAACACAGACGGGAGCUUCCGCUGCGAGUGCUGGGUGGGCUACACAGCUGGUGGCCCUGGGGAGGAGGCCUGUGUAGAUGUGGAUGAGUGUGCCCUUGACCCUGCACCCUGCACCCAGCACUGCACCAACACCCCUGGCUCUUUCCACUGUUCCUGCCAGCCGGGCUACGCCCCGUCUGGGGAAAACGCCACCCAGUGUGAGGAUGAGGACGAGUGUGCAGGCCCCACUGGCAACCCCUGCCAAGGCCCAUGCUCCAACGUGCCUGGCUCCUUCCACUGCGGCUGCCUGGCAGGCUGGACACUGGGCCCUGAUGGGUUCUCCUGCAUCCCAGACCCUGCAUCCUCAGUAUCACUGGCUGGGCUCCUGCCAGAGGAUGAGCCAGCCAGGAAGUGGAAUACCCUGUCUCCUACCUCCCUGCCUGCAACCUCCAUGCCCCCCACCUCCACGCCUCAAGAUGUGCCCGCUUCCAGCAGGGGCUCUGACAGCUUCUCCACAGGGAUACUCACCACAGGGAGGGCCUCCUUGCCCUCUGAAGUCCCUACUCCCUCUGCCUACCCCAAAGCACCAACCCCCAAUGGACACCCUGACCUUGGUAUGGAGCUAAGCACCCCCCUGUCCAAAGCUGCUGCUGGCCAUGGCCAACCACUGGGUGAGGAUGGUGAGGAUGGGCAGAGGCUGCUGCUGUUCUACAUCCUGGGCACGGUGGUGGCCAUCUCCUUGCUGCUGGCACUGGCCCUGGGGAUCCUGGUCUGUCGCAAGCGGAGAGCCAAGCGGGAGAUAAAGGAGAAGAAGCCACAGAAUGCAGCAGACAGCUACACCUGGGUUCCGGAGCGGGCUGAAGGCCGUGAGAAUCAGUACAGUCCAACACCUGGGUCAGACUGCUGAAGGGGAGGUGGCCUGGGGACUCCUCUGGCCAGUUGCCACCACCCCAGAGGCGAAGAGGAGGACACACCCUCUGGAAGCCUGGCUGGCUGCACCUUCCCCACCAAGGGCCUGUGGCUUGGGCAUGCAGGUAUUUUCUUGGUGCUGAUGACAUUUUCUGCAGCAGAAGCUAUGUGUUCCCCUGCAAGCGUGGGGACUCUGUGAACAUGCAGGACUUCCACAGGCACCCCAUUUCCAAAUUCAGAUGCAGCUGAUCCCCUUUCUCCCUUGCAUCUGGUCAGGCCAGGAGCCAGGUCCCAAGGCUCUCUGUGCCCCUGCAAACUGCUCUCUUCUGAGCAGAGGGUGGCGGCUGGUGCUUCUCCUGGCACUCAGGCCCUUGGUAACCUGACUGCACCAGAAGCCCUGUGCUGCUAGCGGGAACUUGCUCAGACUGGAACCCACUCCUCCCUCUGCAUCCUUGCUGCCUGGCUCAGCCCCUCAUGCUGCGGAAACCUUCAGAAUGGCCGGAAGUAAGGUCUCUGCUCUGGGACGCAGGAAGUAUAGACACGCAUCCUCUGGUUCUUACAUUUCCUGUGGUCUUGGGUUUAUUUGCAAGUAAGGCUGAAAAAUAUGAGGACAGUUGCUUGAAGGAGCGGAGGGCUUCGUAUGAGCAGCAAAGAAGGACCAGCAGGGCUUGCUUCACCUGCACAGCCAAGGUGAACACACUGGACCGUGGAAAAGGCAGGGCGCUCGGGUUGUGGCUCCCACCACUCCUCCUGCUCAGGGAUGGCUGGCGGGUGGUGUGCAGACCAUCUGGGCAGCUACGCUUUUGAAGUGCUUUAGCUCAGGGCCGUGGAAAGAUUGGAUCUGCUGUGGCUCAGUCCUGUGAUGCUUUGGGUCCUGUGUUCUGUCCUCAUCUUAGUUAGGGGCUGGUAAGGGAAGAGAGUGGGAAGAGGGAACCUCUGACACCUUUUGUAAAACGGCUUCAGCUCCAGGCCACCGUGCCUGCCGCCCUCAGCGUAAACUAAGGUUAGAGACCUGGGCCUUGCUCACAGCCGACCUGCCUGGAAAACAUCCCAAGAAGUUGCCUGAGUGUGGCAGGGCUACCCUGGGGCCCCAUGGGCCUUGCUGUGUCCCCCUCUAGCAUUGCCAUCCUGGGGUUGGAGUGGACAGCGACCACCUGGACAUGACCUUCAGAGCUAAAUGAAUUCCUUUGUCAGUGUGGAAAUGUGGGGAGUCCAAGCAGGCAGAUGUGAGCACGAUGGGGGCAGCUUCCACUUUCUAAAGUCAGCUUGUACCUUUCAGGUGUCAGUUGGGAGUUCGGAUUUUCAUCUACUUUUUUAAUUUUUAAAUUUUUUUAUGUUCUUGGGAUUAAACCCAGAGUCUUUUCUCCAAGCUAAGCCCCCAAACUUUUUUUUUUGAGAUAGUGUCAUUAAGUUGAACAGGCUGGGCUUGAAUUUGCCAUCCUCCUGCCUCAGCCUACCUCACUUUCCCAGAGUGCUAGGAUCUCAGGUUGAUUUUUAAUGCUUCAGGGAGCCCAAGGCUGUGUCCACUAGGCAGGCCACAGGACCACUGGCCACAAUACCUCGGUGAACUGUUGAGACUGGGUAUCCUUCACCCGGAGCCUGACACCAACCAUUUGGAUGUUUUUAAAGAUGGUAAUGUUUGCACUUGAAAGAAAUAAAUAUGAGUGCAGCACCAGCACCAGGGCCUCCCGCUUCUGCCCUGGCCAUUUAGGGUGGAAGAGACAGCCCUAUCCUGGGCCCCUGUGUGCCCUGCUCAGACCCUUUGGAGGUCACUGGGGGUCCCCUUUACAUCUCACGUGGCCCAGACCUGUGUCCUGGUUUCUGUAUUCAAACUUUCCUGUGGGUGGCAGCUCAGCUUUAUGUCUAGGGUGCUGAGACCUUCCCAGGACCUCAGGGGACAUGGGCAGCAAAGGAAGGCAGGUCCUGGAGUCCUGCGUGGUGCCGCCGUAGCCCCUUCCUGGUGGCAAGUGGAGCUCUUUUUCCACUCCCGUGAGGAGCAACAACCAAGGUCUGGCCGCUCAGACAGUGAACCCCAGAAAAACCGCUGGCCUCGGGGCUCUCUCCUCCCAUUCACAUCUGCUGCCACCGUACUCAGGGUGUGAGGAUCUUGGUUUGGGGUUCUGAGCUGCUGCCCCCUCCCUACACAGUGGAAAUGCCCCCUAGCCAGGGGGCCACCAACAAGCAGUGAGGGCUCCCAUGGUUCAGUCUCAGCCCAUGAUAGGAACAGGAAAGCCCAGGGCCAUAUACCACGGUUCCUGUAGGAUCUCCUGUGUGAAUCCCACAGGGCCGGGCUGAGAGUGGGAGCCGGGCUGCCCUCCCAUGUCUACUGCCUGAGGGACAGAGCCUGUGAUUCGAGGACUGAGCCAUGUGUCACCCCAAAGUCUGCCUGCUGCAUCCCUAUCCUGCGGGCGGACUGUAGAGUAAAACAAAAGGUGUGCCCGAGCAUUGUUAUGCCUGUGCACCCAGCAGAGUGGACUCGGCCUCCCGCAGUGCCGUCUCCUCCCUUGCUGGGCACUAGCCUCUGGCAGGGUGCAUUUCUGCAGAUUACCAGGUACUUCUGUCCAAGUCUCUUUGUCCAUAAAUAGUUCUGGGAAAACUAGAACAGGCAACAGAUUUAACCAAAAAAAGUCACCACAUUCAAAAUAACUCAGUUUUUAAAUAUGUAAAUGCAGGAAAGCCUUUUCCUAUUAUUCUUCUUGGUGUCUCCAUUGUCUGAGUCAGGAAAACAGGAAAACCCUGCUUUCCAGCACCUGCUAUGGCUCCAGGGCCCUGCAUAUUUCCCUACCCUUGAACAAUAACAUGUUGUGGAGAUGUAGAUGUGAGCCCUGAAAACAGCUGUUCUUUCUCUGGCUCCAAAACACACAUAUCUAUCAGUGCAUGGCCUGGGAGGCCAGGCACUGAGACAUGCAGGCCACAGCCCCUGGUCCCUGGGAUCCACCCAGCUCCUAUCAGCUCCCCAGAGCCGGGGGGCCUGCCCUGGCCCAGAGAGCAGCCACCUCCAUGUCCUUCCCUCCCUGUCAGCUCCGGGAUGACUCAGAGCCCUCUCAGAUUAGCCGAGGGCCUUUAGCCUGAAUUAGACAAUGUUCGAGGUUUGUUCUGUGAUGUAGUGUGAGGGUGUGAGUGUCUGUAAUGCUUCCCAAGCCUGAGAUGAGAAUGCAAACACCUAACAAUGGUGUACUUGAAGUAUGACCUGCUCACUCCGGACCUGCAGUUGUGGAGCAGCCCAGUUUGCUUCCCAGGCAAAUGUCCUGCCAUUCGGGAAGGAGGGGCGAUGUCACCUGGGGCUUUGUUAUUCAUCUACACUAAUAAACCCUGAAACAAA